CAAUGUAUGCAGUGAUGUUUCUUGAACGAUGAUAUCCCAGUUUGGUCUAACUGGUGAUGAUGACCUACGAUUCAGACAGGUUUUCAUUUUAUUGAAAACCAAUACGGUGAUUAUCACGGUGAUAUUAUUCACUCUCUCCCCCUUUCCACAGAGUCUCGUUGACGUACAGAGUGAAGUCAGCGCACAAGAUUAAGUUGACGGACAAGCAGCUGUUGCAGUGGCUGACACCAAUGCUGCUGAUCAUGGUGAUCUACCUGAGCGCCUGGUCCCUCAGCGCCACGCCCACCACCGACGAGAUCCGCGACAGCAGCGGCCUCAAGUUCCUGCAGUGCGAGUACAACUGGUGGGACCACUCCUUGGCGAUGGGCGAAGUGCUGUUCCUCAUGUGGGGCGUCAAAGUAUGCUUCAGCGUGCGCAAAGCUGAGAGUUUUUUCGACGAGGCAACCUACAUCUCGUGGGCCGUAUACAACAUCGCGGUUGUCAACAUCGUCAUGGUGACUUUCCAUCUGCUGAUCUUCCCCAACGCAGGUCCAGACAUCAAAUACCUGUUCGGGUUCUUGCGGACACAGUGCAGCACCACCAUGACUAUUCUUUUCAUUUUUGGCCCCAAGUUCUACCGCAUCGCGAAGGGCACGGGAGACCAGUACGACAACCGCGCUCGAGCCAAGGGCGUGACGGCGAGCUUCUCCCUCAACGGACUGGGUGUGAUGAAUGAGGAACCGGCAGAUCUUUACCAGGAGAACGAGGAGCUCAAGGAGGAGAUCCAGAAGCUGGCCGCGCAGAUGGAGUUCAUGAAGAUCGUCCACAUGGAAAUGAACAACCGCCACCUCAAGCCAAAGCCGGGCGGGUACUUCAGCGAGAAGAACUCCGUCAUGAACACCGCGCAGUCGCCGGGAGCCAAAAACACCAUGGCGAGUAGGAUCGAGACCGGCAACGAGAACUCCUCCUCCAGGCUGUCCCCCGCGGCUGAACUGGCCUCCGAAAGGGUCUGACUAGUUGCCCAGAGUGAAGAGGUAUGGUUGUAAGGGUGACGUCAGGCGGAUAGGAGUGAGGAGCCGCUCAACGUCAGCCGAAGCAGGGUGGAAAGGCCGAAGAGGCCGACACAUGAUACCGCCUUUUUAGAGAGUCAUUGACAAAAAAGAACUGUUGAUAUGGAAUAAUGUUAGCCGUGUGUCAAUCCACAAUCGGUAUAAUUCUUAUUGAUUUUGUAUAUCUUUUCCUGUCCAUAUAUACUUAUAUGUCAAGGCAAGGCUUUAAUGUUAUGUCCUGUGUCCUAGCGCUGUCAGUUGACCUGAUAUUCACACGACCAGAAACAAGGUAAAGAUUGUACAAGCUAAGAGUUCAAUUCAUGUUCAGUGAGUAAUAUCAGGGAAGCUCAUGUCUCAGGAAGGGACUUCAUGUGAAUGGCUUCUGAUAUCCCGGUGAAUUUCUUUUAUCAGGAAAGAAGAACAAAAUGGAGCAACAAUCACUCACGUUAAAUUACAAAUGAUCGAAACAGCUAAUCUUUAUUUCUUAAACUUAAAGUCAAUUUCAAAAGGAAUCCAUUUUGUCAACACACUAAGGGGAAAAAAGUAUAACACGUUCAUGAAGCGCGACAGACGUGGUAACUCUGUCCUCACUUAUUUGUUGGUUGUUCCGCCUGUGUUGUAGAAACCCCUUCCCUACAGCCACUUUACGCAGUGUCGUGUGCACUUCAGCUCUCCACUCCUGUAGUGUCGUGUGCACCUCCGUGCCCUUCCCCAUACCCGCUGUACACCCACUCCUAUGGCACGUCACCUAGGAACUUACAACUACACUUCGUCACCCAAAGGCUUACUCCCUGACCGGUUUCUGUCAGUCGCCUCUGAUCCGAGUGAGAUUCGAGCUGUGUGUUGAUCGUAUUCAGAUGCUUCACUCUUACUUUGGCUCCACCUGCUGAACCAUCCACGUCAGCCUGGACACGAAGGCUUUGGGCAAUGUCUAGCGGGUGUCCUUCUGAAACUAUGGUUGUAUGUUGAUUUUCAAACACCCUUACCUGAUUGAAUUAGGUCAGUAACCUUGGAUAACUUACUUUCUGGUACUGAGCCCUGAUGACAUGAUCAAACUUACUAAACCCUGGUAAUUUACCAUGCGUUACUGAGCCCUGGUAUCUUAUCUUGGGAUUCUUCUUAGCCCUGGACCUUUUCGCUCUUACUUUCAACUCAAAUCUGUUGGACUAUAGGCUCUUAUCUUGAUUUUCUUGACAUAUUCUUUAUGUUUGUAUCCUCAUCCUGAACCCCACUGCUUUCUUCAAAUUCAUUAAAUUUCAGAAGACACUAGUAGGGCACGAUAUCUUUAUUUACAGGUUAAAACUUGUGUUGCAUCUCUAUCACAAAUGCGUUUCUAACCACAUACUAUCUGUCGAAUGUAAUCACUUGUAAAUUAUUCUGAGUAAGCAGUCCUUGAAGAUGAGUAAUUCUAAUAUCAAGUACCUACUUAAAUAUGUAAAGUACAUUUGGUAUUUACAUACACAUUAGUGCAGGAGAAUUGCGAGUUUUUGACUUCUGAAGUACGAUAAGAAUGCAAUCAAAUCUCACAACUUUGACAAAAGAUUAUUUCCAAUGAAGUGAUUCAACUAGCUAAGCACAACUCGAGAUGCCAUAUACAUAGAUCCUUUGUUACUACCAUGUGUUGUAAACAGAUGUGUUAGAAAAGAUCAGAAUACGUUUCCUUGUUCAAUGCGCUUACUCACUAGUGAUCAUUUCCAUGUCAUUACAUACACUUCACCAACGGAGUUCCUGAGUUCAUCUUUUGAAGACAGCAAAGAACACCGCUUCGUAGCCAUUGAAUAUCGGAGAGAAUGGACAUUUUGAUGAAGAGAAUACGCAGGCCUUAAGUGGGAAAUUAUAUACUUUUUUCUGAGAGGAAAAGGGACUGUGUGUCUGAGAUAAAUAUUGAAGGUAUGAAGGGACCAAGUCAAAGAACUUCGUAAAGAGAAUAUUUUAGUUAUUUAAGAUAGUUAGAUAAGUAGUGAAUGCGGCAAGCAAAUUCCAAUUUGGUUAUUUAAACCCAUGUAAUCUAUCAUGAAAGGUGUAACAGAAAUGUGUUGUUUGAAACAUUUUUCCUGAAACUGCUGAAUUAUACUUUUCGAAGUUACGGACUGACUCACUAUGAAAAUUGAACAUUAACUACGUAACCUGAGCCAACCUGAUCCCCCAAGCCGUUUUCUUUCCACUGAUAGUCGUAGUUAAGUGUGCGUUUUCUUUGCGCAGUUCAAGAUUCUGUAACAGAAAACGGACCUUUGCAGGAGUAACUUGAAAGGACUAUCAUGUAAUUGUUUUUCUUCCAAAGAAUUAUAUAGUAAUUUGUAUGGAUCAUUGUCAUAUUAUAUUAUCAGUGUUCAGUGUCAAAUGAAAUUGAUUUUUUGUUUUUAGUUUUCUUAAGUAACAAGCAAUGUAAGAAUUAUAACCAUAUAUUUCAGCCUGUUGUUCGCUGCAUGUAUAGUAAACCUCUAUAACUUCUAUGUUGUCUGGUUUAUCCCAUAGGUAUUAAGUGAUUCCUGCUGGAUGGAUUAAAUAUGAUUAGAUUUAAUGAACCAAAUAAAAGAUUACCAUGAACGAAA